UUCUUCUUCAUCUCGUUCUUUCUAUCCUUACUGUAUCUUGGCCAAAAUGACAACAAAAUCCCUUCAUGGUAAGAAUGCUAUUAUCACCGGCGCCUCCCGCGGAAUUGGCCGAGGAAUUGCAUACGAACUCGCAUCUCGUGGCGCCAAUCUCCUCCUCACGUAUCAGAACGCCCGUACGCAAGCGGAUGCGGUGGUUUCGGAUCUUAUCCAGCGCCACGGAGUGGACGUCUUUGCCGUCCAAGCUCAAGGAAGCGACAUCGACGCGCCUCGGCGCAUUGUCCAAGCAGCCGCCGAACGUUGGGGCGGAAUCAUCGAUAUCAUUGUCAACAAUGCUGGAGCCAGGGAAGACUAUCCAUUCGAAGAUAUGACCCACGAGGUUUGGGAGGCGCAGAUUGCAACAAAUCUACGCUUCCCUAUCUUCUUAAUCAGAGAAGCAGCACCGUACUUCGGCAAGGCUCCGCGGAUUGUCAACUUCUCCAGCAGCUACGCGCGAGACGGCCAUCCGGGAUGUGCAGCAUACGUGGCUUGUAAGGGAGCUAUAGAGAGCGUGACACGGUCGCUGGCCAAGGAAUUGGGUCAUCGAUACAACGCGACCGUGAACAGCGUCAGUCCGGGCCCGGUCAACACGGAAUUAUGGAAACGAAGCAUCGAGGACUCAGAGAUUCGUCAAGAAUGGGAUCAGAUUGUGAAGAAUACGCCCGCGGCCCCUAGAGUAGCAGAGGUCGACGACAUUGCACAGAUUGUGGCAUUUCUCGUCGAAGAAACCAGUCGAUGGGUUACAGGAAGUGUUGUAAACGCGAAUGGGGGCUUACUUUUUAACUGAGCAAAAAGGAUGAUGACACAAUAGUAUUAUU